AUAAACAAGAUUUUCGACAAGCUGCGCAUAGAAGCUUUUUUUUUUCCCCAUUGGUAUUUCUUCUGUUCGCACGGCGGCGUGAGGGGAGAGUUGUGACUCAGAGAUGUCGAAGAAGCUGCUGCAGCCGAUAGGGCAGAAGAGGCUGACGAACGUGGCGGUGGUUCGUUUGAAGAAGCACGGGAAUCGUUUUGAGAUUGCUUGCUACCCGAACAAGGUCCUUUCAUGGCGGUCUGGCGUCGAGAAAGAUUUGGAUGAAGUAUUGCAGUCGCAGACGGUUUAUUCUAACGUUUCCAAGGGAGUUCUGGCCAAGUCCAAAGAAUUGAUCGCUGCGUUUGGGACGGAUGACCAGUCCAAAAUCUGUCUGGAGAUUCUGAACAAAGGAGAGCUUCAAGUUGCAGGGAAGGAGAGGGAAUCACAAUUGUCUAGUCAGUUUCGGGACAUUGCAACGAUUGUGAUGCAGAAGACUAUAAAUCCCGAAACUCAGCGACCUUACACUAUCAGUAUGAUUGAGCGAUUGAUGCAUGAAAUCCACUUUGCCGUCGAUCCACAUAGCAGUUCGAAGAAGCAGGCACUGGAAGUUAUUCGUGAGCUUCAAAAGCAAUUCCCCAUCAAAAGAGCGCCAAUGAGAAUACGCCUUACCGUUCCUGAAAACACUUCUUCUUCACUUGUUGAAAAGCUGAAUGCCUGGGAAGCUACCAUCACCGCUAGGGAUACUUCUGGAAGUCAGCUGUCUUUUGUAAGUCUCUCUAUAUGGUGAACUGUUGAUCAGUUAUACUCAUUCCGCACCUACUAAGCUUUCAGUUAUGCCUACCUCUUAAGGGGAAGCGUCACAGUUUUAUUGGGUUUGCUUCUCUGUCCUCUCCUAUAACCCUCAAAUUAAGAGACAAGAAUGAGCACAUUUAUUUAAUUUAUGUCAUUGUUUGUCACUUAGGUUCUAUGGGCUACUGAUAUUUGCUGCAUGUGGGAUCCAUUUUUUCGUUAUUGACUUCGCUACAAUGGUAUUUUCUUGGAGAUGGUUAUGUGAUUUUCUCUCUUUUCAUCAAAUAUGGCCCAGGUCUGUGAAAUCGAGCCAGGUUUCUUCCGAGACUGUGACAUCUUGGUCAGGAAUCUUCAAGGCAGAAUGGAGAUUCUGGCGGUGUCCGUUCAUUUCGAGGGGGACACACAUGUGGACGACAUUGCCGACCAUGUAGACCUGCAACCAUCCCUCCCCACUAAGGACUCUACCGACCCCAUUGCUCAACUCUCUGAAAAAGUUCAGAAACAGACCAUCUCCUCCACAGCACCCAAGAAAGUCGCGGUCGAGCCAAAGCAGAACCAGUGCAGCACAUGCAAUGCAGUUGUUGGGGAUGCUAAGGAGUACAGGGAACACUUCAAGAGCGACUGGCACAAGCAUAACUUGAAGCGGAAGACACGUAAUCUGCCGCCUCUCACAGCGGACGAGUGCUCUGCUGCUGAUGUGGACUUGGGCGACUCUAGAGCUGAUUUGAAAGAUUACUCGUUUUGAAUUUGUAUUAGUCGGGAAGUAUGUGUUCCUUUUUGUAAUCCGAGAGGCAACUUCCGUACUUCGUAUAUGAUAGGAGUGAGCAAGUACAGUCUCAUGUGUAUUAGCCAUACCUAUUAAGUAUUAUGUCUGUUACCACUG